CUUAUGUCCCGACCACAGACCAACCAGAUCCCAGCAGCAGACACACUUCCACCCACCGCAAGGGCCAUCGCUCUUCUAUUGGCAUCCACGCCCACAGUGCAGGAUGCGCAACCGGGCGUUUUGCACCAACUCCUUGAAUUCGCCCACCGAUAUACCGUGCAAGUACUCUCGGACGCCCAGGUAUAUGCGGACCAUGCAGGUCGAUCCGGCACCUCCAAAAUUGAAAUGGAUGACGUAGUUCUGGCAGUGCAAGCCCGCGUGGGCUGGGAGUUUGGCGGACGCAUACCGAAGGAACACUUGCUAUCUCUUGCGACUCAGACAAACGCAACGCCUCUCCCAGCGGUACCCGAAGUGUUUGGCGUACGGCUGCCACCAGCGUCGGAAACCCUUACUUCCGUCAAUUUUGAGCUAGUGUCCAACAAACCGCCACCGUCCGUAAAAUUAUAUGAUGAGGAAAUUGAGGAAAUUGAAGAGGAGGAAGAAGCACCGGGUGCACAAGAGGAUGAAGAGGAGGAUGACGCUGAUAUGGAACCUGCUACUAUACCCACGAACAACGCACCAGUCACACCCAUCGACGUAGAAAUGGCAGCUAGCUCCCCAGCAAGUGCGCCAGUCGUGGCAAGUGGUACCGCCGAUGACGGUAGUGAUGGAGCGGAAGAGGCUGACCUAUUCGGUGGAGCCGGUGAGGACGAAGACGAAGACGAGAGCGCAGGUGACGAUGCGAUGGAGGAAAUUCAGACAGCCACUGAACCCUCAAAUGGAGUAAAACGGAAACUGGUGGAAGAGGAAGAUUAUGAUUAGAC